AUGUCAGCCGUACUCAUCUUCAUCAUCAUCGACAACAUUGUAAUCAGAACAAACGCUUAUACGAAAGUUUUUCUUCUUAUUAAUAAUAAUGUCAGCGCCAUUAUCAUUUUCCAGUCGUUUCCCGCCAUUGGCAUAUCUUCAUUUUCGACAUUGUCGUCAUCUUUUCCUUGCCACCGACAAUCAAUCCAUCAUCUCUUUUCGGCGUUUUCAUCCAGUUCAUCUGUUCAUCAGCUUUUUUUUAAUUCAAUUCUUCUUCUUCUUCUUCUUCUUCUUCUUAUUCUUCUUAUUAUUAUUAUUAUUAUUAUUAUCUUUUCAUAUAAUCCAUUUUUCGAAUUAUCUGAUGUUGAUGAUUGUUCACAACAUUAUCAUCAAAAUUGUCUUCUUUUCUUCCUUCAAUAUUCGGAUUUUUAUGAAAUUUUCAUAUUAAUUAUUGUUCUUUUCCUAAUUUUUGUAAUUUUGCGAAAAGCAUCAAUUCUUCUUCUUCUUCUUCUUCUUCUUCUUCUUCUUCUUCUUCUUCUUCUUCUUCUUCUUCGUCGUCGUCGUCGUCGUCUUCUUUCCUUCUUUUACUUUUUCUUUUCCUUCUUUUUUUUUUUCUUCUUAUUACUCUUCAUCUUUUCUUCAUUUUCUCAUUCUCUUUCCUCUUCUUUUUCUUCAUUUUUUUUCUUUAUCUUAUUUUUUUAA